UAUAAACUAUUUAACACCCGACAACCUCUUCGUCUCUUUCACAAUUCAGCUUGCAAUUUCUAAAAUCCAAUAAUAGUCUCUCUCUCAAAUCUCUCAAUCGUGAUCAAGAUGCAGAUCUUUGUUAAGACUCUCACCGGGAAGACUAUCACCCUCGAGGUGGAAAGCUCUGACACAAUCGACAACGUUAAGGCCAAGAUCCAGGACAAGGAAGGUAUCCCUCCGGAUCAGCAAAGGCUUAUCUUUGCCGGAAAGCAGCUCGAAGAUGGCCGUACCUUGGCUGACUACAACAUUCAGAAGGAAUCCACCCUCCACUUGGUCCUCAGGCUUCGUGGUGGUAUGCAAAUCUUCGUCAAGACGCUGACCGGAAAGACUAUCACUUUGGAGGUGGAGAGUUCUGACACCAUCGACAACGUUAAGGCCAAGAUCCAGGAUAAGGAGGGAAUCCCCCCGGACCAGCAGAGGCUGAUCUUCGCCGGAAAGCAACUCGAGGACGGCAGGACUUUGGCUGACUACAACAUCCAGAAGGAGUCGACCCUUCAUCUUGUUCUCAGGCUCCGUGGUGGUAUGCAGAUCUUCGUCAAAACCCUUACUGGAAAGACUAUUACUUUGGAGGUGGAGAGCUCUGACACCAUCGACAAUGUCAAAGCUAAAAUUCAAGAUAAGGAGGGAAUCCCACCAGACCAGCAGAGAUUGAUCUUCGCUGGAAAGCAACUUGAAGACGGCAGGACUUUGGCUGACUAUAACAUCCAGAAGGAGUCUACACUUCAUCUUGUUCUCAGGCUCCGUGGAGGUAUGCAGAUUUUUGUCAAGACUCUCACCGGCAAGACAAUAACCUUGGAGGUUGAGAGCUCAGACACCAUUGAUAACGUGAAGGCCAAGAUCCAGGACAAGGAAGGAAUCCCUCCGGACCAGCAGAGGCUCAUCUUCGCUGGCAAACAGCUUGAGGAUGGUCGCACAUUGGCUGACUACAACAUCCAGAAGGAGUCGACCCUUCAUCUUGUUCUCAGGCUCCGUGGUGGUAUGCAGAUUUUUGUGAAGACGUUGACCGGGAAGACCAUCACCCUUGAGGUUGAGAGCUCCGACACCAUUGACAACGUGAAGGCCAAGAUCCAGGAUAAGGAAGGCAUCCCUCCGGACCAGCAGCGUCUCAUCUUCGCUGGAAAGCAGCUUGAGGACGGUCGCACACUGGCAGACUACAACAUUCAGAAGGAAUCGACCCUUCACUUGGUCCUCCGUCUCCGUGGUGGUUUUUAAACUCUGUUAUGGUUUCUUUUACAACUUGUGCUUUGGGGCUUUGUAAAGCCCUCAACUAAAUAAUUUGAUGAACUAUGUUAUCUCUCUCCUUUGUUUCUAAAGACAAAUCGAAUUAUUGGAAUUAUAUCCUUAUUUCUCUUUA